AUGGUUCGGACGGCCUCCACUGGGUGGGCCCCAGCGGCCGUCUCGCCACUCAGCAUUACGCAGUCUGUGCCGUCGAGAACUGCGUUUGCCACGUCGGUGGCCUCGGCUCGUGUGGGCCGUGGGGCUUUGACCAUUGACUCGAGCAUUUGCGUGGCCGUGACAACUGGCUUCCCUUGCUUGAAUAUCUUCUCGAUCGGGAUUUCCAUCCCGAGGUCGCCCCUCGCCACCAUGAACGCGUCCGAGCUGGCGAUGAUGUCGUCGAGAGCCCUUGCGGACGAAGGAGAGGGCAAUAAUGUCAAUCUUGUUAGGAAUACCCCACUCCAAAAUAUCGUUUCUGUCCUUAUCGGUCAAGGUGGGAAGGUCCACAACAACUCCCGGGAGAUUGACGUUCUUUCUCUCGCCCAAGAAAGCCGUAUUCUCACAACGGCAACGGACAAGCCCUUGAUCUAUAUUGCACUCGAGGACCACCUUGGUGUCCAGCAUGACGGCGCAAAGGAUGCCGGUUUUGCGUAUGGCUUCACGGAGAUUGUCGAGAGUUUCCUGAUGAUAGGCGUGAGUGCCGUGAGAGAAGUUGAAUCGAGCUACGCUCAUGCCAGCCUUAAGAAGCUCCUCUAA